CCUCCCGCCUAGCGGAUCAUGAGCCGGGCGGCGGCCGCCCAGGGCGCGGUGGCGGGCCAGGUGCCUGGGCGGCGCCGGCGCUAGGCGCGAUGCCGUUUCCCGCGGCCGGCCCGGGAGCGCCGCUGGCGCCGCCGCAACCCUGCGGAAUCUCCUCGGCGAUCAGCCUGGCCGCCCCCAGGGACAUGGACCACGAGCUCACGCAGAAGCUGGUGGAGACCCUGAAGCCCUUCGGGGUGUUCGAGGAGGAAGAGGAGCUGCAGCGCAGGAUUCUAAUUUUGGAAAAACUAAACAACUUGGUGAAGGAGUGGAUACGCGAAAUCAGUGAAAGCAAGAGUCUUCCACAAGCUGUGACUGAGAGUGUCGGGGGGAAAAUUUUCACGUUCGGCUCUUACAGACUGGGAGUGCACACGAAGGGUGCCGAUAUCGACGCGCUGUGCGUCGCGCCGAGACAUGUCGACCGCAGCGACUUUUUCACCUCAUUUUACGAUAAAUUGAAACUACAGGAAGAAGUCAAAGAUUUAAGGGCCGUUGAGGAGGCAUUUGUGCCAGUGAUCAAACUGUGUUUUGAUGGGAUAGAGAUAGAUAUUUUGUUUGCAAGAUUAGCAUUGCAGACUAUUCCAGAAGAUUUGGACUUAAGAGAUGACAGUCUGCUUAAAAAUUUAGAUAUUAGAUGCAUAAGAAGCCUAAACGGCUGCCGGGUAACUGAUGAAAUUUUGCAUCUAGUACCAAACAUUGACAACUUCAGGCUAACUCUGAGAGCCAUCAAAUUGUGGGCCAAAUGCCACAAUAUCUAUUCCAAUAUAUUAGGUUUCCUUGGAGGUGUUUCCUGGGCUAUGCUAGUAGCAAGAACCUGCCAGCUUUAUCCAAAUGCAAUAGCAUCAACUCUUGUCCGUAAAUUUUUCUUGGUGUUUUCUGAAUGGGAAUGGCCAAAUCCAGUGUUAUUAAAAGAGCCUGAAGAACGAAAUCUUAAUUUACCUGUGUGGGACCCAAGAGUAAAUCCCAGUGAUAGGUACCAUCUUAUGCCUAUAAUCACACCAGCAUACCCACAGCAGAACUCCACAUACAAUGUUUCAGUUUCAACCAGGAUGGUCAUGAUUGAGGAGUUUAAGCAAGGGCUUGCUAUCACACAUGAAAUUUUGCUGAACAAGGCAGAGUGGUCCAAACUUUUUGAAGCUCCAAGCUUCUUUCAAAAGUACAAACAUUAUAUUGUACUUCUGGCAAGUGCACCAACAGAAAAACAACAUCUAGAAUGGGUGGGCUUGGUGGAAUCAAAGAUCCGAAUUCUGGUUGGGAGCUUGGAGAAGAAUGAAUUUAUUACGCUGGCACACGUGAAUCCCCAGUCAUUUCCAGCACCCAAAGAAAAUCCUGACAAGGAAGAAUUUCGUACAAUGUGGGUGAUUGGGUUAGUGUUAAAAAAGCCAGAAAAUUCUGAAACUCUCAGUAUUGAUCUCACCUAUGAUAUUCAGUCUUUCACAGAUACAGUUUAUAGGCAAGCAAUAAAUAGUAAGAUGUUUGAGAUGGAUAUGAAAAUUGCUGCAAUGCAUUUAAGAAGAAAGGAGCUUCAUCAACUACUCCCUAAUCAUGUUCUUCAGAAAAAGAAAACACAUUCUGCAGAAGGUAUAAUGUUGUCAGCUGUGAAUGACAGCAGCCUCCACUUGACUGUAGAUAGUGAAAACAGCAUGUCUGUGCCUUUACCUAUGGGUGCCACAAAGACUGGCCCAUUGACUGGCAGCCCUCAGGGAAGAAGCAGUCCUGCUCUGGCUGUGAUGGCAGCAUCUGUGACCAACAUACAGGCUCCUGAAGUUUCCUUGCAACAAUUGAAUCCCAGUGAAAGCUCAGGGGUUACAUUGAGUGAAAGCAUUCCUCAGACUCCCUCACAGCCUACCAUUUCUCCACCACCAAAGCCCACAGUCACCAGAGUUGUUUCUUCAACACAUUUGGUAAAUCAUCCACCUAGACCUUCAGGAAAUGCAGCAACUAAUAUACCUAAUCCUAUAGUAGGAAUGUAG